AUGCAAACACGUUCAAUAUUAGAUACAAGUUCAAAUAAUUUAUUUACAAAUAUUGAACGGUUGGGCACACGUGAUUUAUUAUCCUAUGGACAACUUUCAUAUGAUACUAUAUUAACAUCAGUCCAAAAACAAACAAUAAUUGAUAGUUCAUCAAUAAUAUCAUCAUCAGAUAAUAUUCUUAUUGAACUUGUUGAAGAAUUAUAUGAACGUACUAAACAAUCAUCAACAUUAGCAUAUGAAGCUUUACUUUUAUUACGUCCUUUAUCAUUAUUAUUUGCACACAUUAGUUUUUUUUUUCGUGCUUUAAUUAAUGCACGUUAUUCAGCUAAAGUUAAGGAAUGGACUUUAUUAUCAAUGACAAAUAUUGCACAAAGAAAAUCAAUACGUAUGGCUAUAUGGGGGUUAACUUGUCUUAUGUUAAGUGCAUGUCUAUCACAGGGUGUGGGUGUGGGGUGAAGACAAGACCUAUAAUGAUACCCACACCCACACCCUCUUAUGAGUAAAAUUCUGCCUAUGGUGAAAUAUUCUUCCUAUUUUUCUUUUUAAAAAUUAUCAAGACUUACACAUACAAUUAAAAUUUAUUUGGAAAAGAUAAAUAGUAAAACAUUAAUGAAAAACAAAAACUCUUUAUUUCAAUCCGAAGGAAUGACGAUCAAUACAAAAUCAUAUAAAUUUCGUCAUGAAAUGUCAAAAUGAAUUUUCAUUGAUAAUAUUGUAUAUCUUUUACUUUUUUAAGUUUUUAUUGAUGUUAUCACGUUUCAGUGUUCGUUUCGAAGAAUCAGACAAUCGUUUAUUUCUUAUUGCUGAUCGAAAAUAGUAUCUGCAGGUAUAUUAAAAGAAAACUUGCAAAUAUCAAUUGUAUCAACAAAAAACAAAAAAUCUAUUUUAUUUAUUUUAGUUAACGAAUAUUGAACAUUAACGUCCGUAUGAACAAGCAUUCACACAUGAAUCGAAUCUAGAAAAAUUAUAUGCUGAUUUACUUGAACACAUUCAAAAUACGGUGUGGAUGUAGAUGUUGUUUGGAUAUGUUGAUGAAUCAUAUACUCUCUCUCCCUCUGUCAUCCAUACCCACACCCUCAAUAAAGACUAAAAAUAUCAAUUCAUAAAAUGGAAACAUAACAACAAGAAUUAAUUUAUUCACUUUUUUUUCUUUUUACUAGAAUCGGUCUCUAUUAUAACAAUCAUAUCUAAAUUUUCUAAAUCAAUCAGAAUAGAUUGUCAUUUAUUUUGUGCUCUAAUUUCUGUUUGACUUAUUGAUUUAUAUUUCAUAUUGUAUGUUUUAUUAUGAUUUUAAUUAUUGAUUUAACUAGUAAAUAAGUCGAUUACAUGUAUCCAUUAAACAUAUUUUAACCAUUGAAGUUUUAACGAAAACUUUUUCUAAGCCAUGUCGUUACAGUUUAAGAAAAAGUUGCACAAAUCUGGAUUAAAACUUGCAUUUAUAACCAGUACUUUUAAUAAUAUCAAGAAGAAUGUGAGUAUAGAUGUUGAUAUUCUGUUUAACCAUAUCUACAAUCUUUGAAUCGUUUUGAUUUAAACCCCCCUCAUAAUAAAAGACUCCC